CGAAGCCACAGAGCGGCGCUUCGACCAUCAUGUCGGCGGAAGCGGAGAACAUACGCGUGGCGGUGCGAUGUCGGCCCAUGAGCGAGAAAGAGAUAAGAGAGCAGGCGCAGUCGUGCUUUGUGUGCAAGAAUGGAAAUGCAGUGCUCACGAAUCCAGAGAACAAGGACGAAGUGCACGAAUUUGGGUUCGACCUCGUCUACGGCAUCGACACGGAACAGCGAUGCGUGUACGAAGACUUUGGUCGACCCGUGCUGGAGCGCGCAUUUGGCGGGUACAACGGCACGAUCUUUGCGUAUGGUCAAACGGGAAGCGGCAAGACAUUCAGCAUGACAGGGUUCGCCGGCAACGAAGCCAUGGAAGGGUUGAUUCCUCGCAUGAACAAAGCCUUGUUUGAGAAGAUCCAGGUCGAGAAAGCAAACGACCCCAACAAAUUGUUUUUGGUCGAGUGCUCGUUUUUUGAAAUUUACAACGAAAUCAUCUACGACUUGUUGGAUUCAAGCUCGGCCAAAGACAAGAAGAACAAGGGACUUGAAAUCAAGGAGCAUAGUGUGCUGGGGAUUUACGUGAAAGACUUGCAGGAGCGCGUGGUCGAGUCCCGCGAAGAAGUGAUCGAGCUCAUGACCCUCGGCGCAUCGAAUCGCACGGUCGGGUACACCAACAUGAACUCGGAGAGCAGUCGGUCGCACUCGAUCUUCGUCAUCAAGAUCCACCAAAAAGACUCGAGCGACGAGUCCAAGAACGUGUUUGCCAAGGUGAAUCUCGUCGACUUGGCCGGCUCGGAGCGCGCGGCGGGUACGGGCGCCGUCGGCACGCGGCUCAAAGAAGGCGCCAACAUCAACAAGUCGCUCAGUGCACUUGGAAACGUCAUCAACGCGCUCGUGGAAGACGCCCGGACCGGCAAAAAGUCGUUCAUUCCGUACCGAAACUCCAAGCUCACGCGCGUGCUGCAGGAAUCGCUGGGCGGCAACAGUCUGUGCUCGAUGCUCGCGACGCUGUCGCCAGCCAACAUCAACUUUAUUGAGACGCUAGGCACGCUAAAAUACGCGAGUCGCGCCAAGUCGAUCAAAGUGAACGCCAAGAAGAACGAAGAGGCGUCGCAGAUCUCGCAGCUGAGCGAGGAGAUCGCCGCGCUCAAAAAGAAGCUCGGCGAGCAGGCCGAGAGCGGCUUGGACCCGCGGGAGAAGAACGAGAUCGUGGCCAAGUACGAGAAGCAGAUCCAGGAAAUCGACGCCGUGCGCAUGCAGACGUGGGAGGACAAGGCCAAAUUGAGCAAGCAGCACGAGAUGGAACGCAAAAAACUUGCCAAGGAGCGCGCCCGGGCCGACCAAAAGACCCAGGAGGAAAAGAUCAAAAAGUGGAAGUUGCUCGAAGCCAAAGCCGACAUUGAGCUCGCCAUCCGCGCCACGCGGGAGCUGGACGUUGGCGACGACGCGUGGAUUGGCAUGACCACCAAAGUCAAGGCGUUGGACCAAGACGUGAAGGACGCUCGGACGCUGAUUUGUGUGUUCAAAGACUCGCUGGACAAGGACGUGGCGGCGUGGAAGGCGGCGCAAGGCGGAAGUGACGAGCCGGACGACGGCGCGUCGUCGUCACAUGUGACAGCGUCGCAGCUGUGCACAAAACUGAAAAACAUCCAGGACGAAAGUGCCAAGAUGAUGGCGUUGGAGAGCGAGUUGCUGCGGCACACGAGCACUCUGAUCGACGCCGUGUGCGACGAGUGCGACAAACUGGCGCCGGCGCCGUCCACGAAAGAGCUCAAGCAAGUGCUCGAAGACCGCGACAAGGCGCUGGCGAUUACGCGGUCGAUGCUGCAAAUGUACCGGGCGGCGCUGGUCACCACGCUCAAGACAGAGCGCAAACGAAUACUCAACUUUACAGAGGCGUCGAUGCUGAUGGUAUCCGAACUGCAAACUCAAAUCGACAGCCCGCACUUGGACGACAACCGAAAGAAAGCGCGGAUGCUCGCGACCAAGUCGUUGACGGGCGCCAUGGACACGUGCGCCAAGUUGGCCGUGGCAGCCAAAUCGGAGGCGCCGCGCGUUCAGAUUCCCAAGGGCGACGUGCAUGCGCUGGGUGUGGAAGCCAAGGUGCUGGGCGACGACAAGCUGUCUGCAUCCAGUGGAGAUGCCAAGCGCGCGCGACUGAACGGCCCGAAUUGCUGGAUCGCAGCACCAGAGGACGCCACGCCAUGGUUAAAAGUCGAUUUGGGUGGGUUCAAGUUGGUCGAGUCGGUUCUGAUCCAGGGGGGGGUCGUCGGGGGGUCGAGUGUGCUCAGUAACGCCCCGCUGGUGCUGACCAAAACCAACAUGGACAUGCUAGCCAAGCUGUACGACCCAGUGGCGGUCACAGGAGACCACCAGCAAACGUACGACAUUGCCAAACACAUCUUGUCGUGGACGGGGCUAUUGAAAACGGCGCAAGUUCCCACCAAGUUGUUUAGUCGACCUCCGGUCCGGUUCUUGCAUGACGUGAUCACCCUCGUGGUGGCAAACACAGCAUAUGGUCAAUCGUUGUUUACAGACAAGGAAAAAGACUACUCGCAGCUCACAGACAAGAAGGACAAGUCCGAGUACCUGGUCAAGGUGUUGCACCUUGUCGCAUCCAGCUUUCACGGCGUAGUCGAGAUCAAAGCCACCGAGUCCAACAUAUUGGCCGGCAAAGAGCCCGACCAAACGAUGCAGUUUCUCGCGCUGUUUUGCUUGGGCGCUAUCCGACACUUAGCGGCGACGUUGCCGGAGGAGACAAACCACGUCGCAGAUGCCGCCGCUGCCGCCACGCUGCCACCUCCCGUGGAAACCCAACAGGCUUGGGUGACGGACUGUGACGUGGAAUGCAGCGUCGACGGCGACACGUGGACCAAAGUACCGUGGAAUGGGUCAAACGUUGGAAGUGCCGACGCGUUUACGGCCGUGGCGACCAAGUUGCCGCAGCCGACGGUCGCCCGCUACGUCAAGUUUGUGCCGACAAAGUGGAACGUGGCACCGGCCAUGCGCUGCGAAGUGCUGGGGUUCAAACUCACCGAGAAGGACGACACGCUCGCCGACGUGCAAGCCGAGGGGGUGCACUACCUGGGUCUCUUGACAACGUUGUUUACCGCCGGCGAGCUCAUCUUGGACGAAGCGCGAGUCAAGUGGAAAAAGGCCAAGGAUGUCCAGCGCGAAAAACAAGCCGAGCUCAAGCAUGUGCUCGUCGAGAUUGACACGUGGAAGAGCCAAGUUGCCGCGUUAAAAGCAGAGCUAGAAGGGUCCAACAAAGCACUGGACAAGUGCAAAGCAGACAAGGCGGACGUGGACAAGCAACUGACGGCCACGACCGCCAAGUGGGACGCCGCCACGGUCAAGUGCACGUCGCUGGAAGAGCAGCAGAAAAAGACCAAAGCCAGCUUGGAUGCGAUAACGAGUCAGUUUCACGACGCUACGAAGGAAGCUACUUCGUGGAAGCAACAACACGUCCAAGUGUCGGACCAAUUGAAGUCCAUGGGGCAGUCGAAAGCCGAGCUGGAAAAGCUGAUCGAGACGUUGCGGGGCCAACUCACAUCGAAGAGCGCUAUAGAAGGCGCGACCGAUUCCAAGCUGGCGACGUUGUCUGCGGAUUUGCAAUCAGUGACGAUUCAGCUCGACGAGACCAAGCGGUCGUUGCAACGCAGUGAAAAGGCCGCGGCGGACGGUCUCGUGGAGCGUGAUGAAUUGCAAACGCAGCUGGCUCUAGCGCGGACGGCACUCACGUCCAAGGACGAGGCGCUGGAAGCGUUGGAAGCCAAGCUCAAGACACAAUUGGGGGAAUCCCACGCCCAGCUCGACGCCGCCCAAGCGUCGUUGGCUGAAGCCACCAAUAAACACCGGGACAUCGACGCCCAGCUGCAAAAAGCCGUCGCCCACACGCUGGCGUUGCAAGCAGACAUGGAGAAUGCCAAGCAACGCGGCGUGGAGUCGACACAUGUCGAGGUCAAACGCCUGCAUGACGAAGCCGUGGAAAGCGAAAAGCGCGUGUUCCAAAUGCAAGCGCAGCAGGUCCGUCUGCAAGCCGACAACGAGCGCCUCGAAGCCAAGUACGCGUCCGUGGAGGAAAAGGUCAAGGUGUUCGAGGCCAAGCAGGCCGAGUUUGCCCUCGAAGUGGAAACCCUCCAGAAAGAGCGCAAGCAACUUGUCGAGCAAGAAGAAGAACUGCAGCUGCAACUCCAAGUCGUUACGGACGAACGCGACUCGGCUCGUCAAAAGGAGGAGCAAUUGUUUGUCGAAAACGCGGAAAAGGAGCAAGAAAUCGAGCGGAUUCGCGAUGGUUAUGUGUGGGUCACGGAUCGUAUGAAUAACAAAGAGGACGAGCUCGCCGAGCUCCAAGACCAGCUAGAGAAGUACCAGAGCGUGCUCAAAUUGGCCGGAGGUGCAGAUUCGACGCUGCAUCCCCGACCGACGACGGGUUCUACCGACUACCUCUCGGGGUUGUACAAAGCAGCGUUUGGCAAAGAUUUGGAUUAUGGCAACUACACCACCCCUGGUGAUAUCCAGAAUCAACUGUUGCAGUGGAUACAAAACCAACACCAGCAGUCGCCCUACAAGGGGCGCGACCCACAGACAAAGCAAGGCACCUCCGACGGAGUACCCCCUCGAUCGUCCAGUGAUACCCUUUCCAGCGCAAGAAAUCACCAGGAUAGGAAUGCUACGCCUCUUGAGGAUUCCAAAAGAGGAUAUGCGACAACGCCUAGCCCAAAGUUGUCUAGCAUCCCCAUUGAAGAUGCCAAGUCCGUUGACACUGUUGGCCCUCACGACAGAAAGGAUACCCCCCCGAGUGUGUCCAAUCCGCCUGGUAGCAUGUCGUCCCAGGCCAAAGCAUUGCAGCCUCCAGGAACCAAGGAUGUUCACGAUGCAAAGGGGGAGGCAAAGGGGGCCGACGUCAAGGGAGGCGUUACACUAGUGUCCCCGCUAUCAACCCCCCAACCAGCACCACCACUAAAAACAACUGAGAAAUGCGACGUGGAAGCAAAGACAAUCGAUCGCGUAUCGGGAAAUGGGGGGGAAGGAACCAAGGCGGCUUCACCUAAAGAAGGUGUUACCCCCACGAACGACACUGGUGGCGGUCCGUCGUUGGGUCCAGCCUUGGCGACCAGUGCCACUGCCACGCCUCCCAAGAAGGACCAACGUCUACCUCCAACACUUCUUCGCCGCGAUUCUAUCGAAGACCUCAUGCCAGAGAUCCAAGACACUGCCAAGACAAAUCCAGAUGCCACAGAAGUCGCCGACGAAUACGACGACGAUUUUGACGCGUACGAUGAUGAAAACUCUGCGCGGCGAGGCGGUAAGUCCAAGCGGCGGAGUGUGGACAAAGCAGCCAGCGCGAAAGUUCCCGUGGAAGCUCCUGUGGAACCAGUGUCGGAGAAGACCAUGGCUCAGCACUCGACGCCUUCGAAGACAACUGCGCCGAGCCCGACCAAGGGAUAG